AUGACCUUAAAGCGGAAUACACAUAUUCUGGAUUUGUACUGGGAAGAUAUAUUGGUGGCUAAAAUUAUGCCUUUCUUAACUAUUCGUGAAUGCUUUAAUUUUCGCUGCGUAUCUAAAACGUGCCUCCAAAUAAUUGAUAUGUAUUUUGCAAAAUUAAAAUGCUUAAAACUUAUGAAUAAAGGAUUUUCGCCUCAUACAUUCAGUGUAUUUUCCAAAACAUGUCAAAAAUUAAGAGUGUUGAAUGUAAGUCGAUGUUCGACACUAUCAGAUUCAGAGCUCAUUCCAAUAUUACGGAACAAUCCGGAUCUUAUAAAUUUAAAUUUGAGUCAAUGCAAAAAUUUGACAGCAAAAUGUUUGCAACCAGCAAUAUUAUAUUGUAGCAAUUUGAAGGUUCUUAAACUUGCCAAAUGUUCUUGGCUAACCUCUGGAGCUAUGGAAGCUUUAGCUUUACACCAAAGUCAACUGGAAGAUGUGGAUCUUGCAUUCUGUGUAUCAAUCUCGGAAAGCUGCAUAGUAAUAUUUCUAAAGAAGUUUAGACACUUGAAAACAUUGAAUUUAGAGGGCAACAAGCAAAUAACAGAUAAAUGCUUAUUUACAAUGUCCAAAUACAGUUCAUCAUUGAAGCUGUUGAAUUUAGGUGGUUGUUGUGAAGUUUCUGACAAGGGGAUUAUUGCCCUCGCUUUACAUUGCCAACAAUUAGAAGGCCUUUUAGUCCGAGGAUGUACAAAGGUUACAGAAAAUAGUCUGCGGCUCAUGAGGGAUAGAGUACACCUUGACAGGCGACCUGCAGAGACUCGUCCGGUACCGCUACAUUUGCAAAUA